AUGACCGAAAACAGCGCCAUAUAUGGUACAGAGACCAGCCCCAUCCCUCUCGCCAUCGAGAAAGCUCUCCGCCAUAACGAUGACGGCGUGGGAUUCUUCAACGACUACGGCUUCGUAGUCCGCGCAAAAGCCGAGACGAGCGAAGACAUCCAGUUCUGGAGCUUUAUCUACGAGCAAAAAGGGCCGGAGGUGAUUAUCGACUGCGACGUAGUUCAGACACUGCUCGUCGUUGGCAAGUAUAAUGACGAGGAGAAGCAGUUCAUGCACUCCAACGCGUUGACGGUCAAUAAGGGCCAGAACCUUGAGGACUACUACAAGCGCGGGACGAUAAAAAUUGAGGAAGGUGCUGAGCAUGUCAAGUGGAUGCUUGGCGGCAUCACGCAUCAUGGUACUCCUCCGAGUUGGCGCGUAACCGGAGAGCAAGAAGGGACCGGCCUCAAGAUCGACCUCUCGUUUGAGCAGAAGAAUCCAGCGUUCUACUAUUGUGGGCUGUUUGAGGAUCUAGAGGCGAAGAAGCGGAAAAAUGCGGGCUAUAUUGUCCACGCCACGGCCACUGUGACUUUCGAAGUGGACAGUAAGGUCCUGAAAAUUGGGAAAGGAUACGGUGUCCAUGAGCGCAUCCAGCAGGCUGGAGUGGUUCCGGAUCGUACGGGCUAUAUGGCCGGAAGAGGACUCACGUGGCGGCAUGGCUUCAGUGAUAACAUGAGCUUCUGGUUGAUGCGAGGCGACAUUAGAAAGGGGGGUAAUUUCCUGAGCCUCAUGUCAUCGGGUAUGAUCAACAUCGGAGACAAGCAGCUUAUAUUGCAUGGCCCCAGCAGUUCAGGAUGUGAAGAGGCGGCGAAAUGGAUCGAUCCUGUGAGUAGGCUCGUGGUUCCAUACCAGUGGCGGACUUGGAUCCGGGCAAAAGAAGGCACUUUAAAGGCGAAGAUAUAUGCGUACGGCAGAAGUUACUAUACGUGGAUUCGAAGAGGAGGCACCUUGGUGGUGAAUCAAUUCUUGGCCGAUGCCGACGUGACUUUCACGUAUCCGGACGGGACGGUCUUGGAAGAGAAAUGCAUGAUCCAAGCAACUUCAAUAUAUGCUGCCCUCGUCUGGUCCUUUGCCGUUUCUGGAGCUCUCUUCCUCCUCUUCUGCUACCUCCGCCCACGCUCUCCCACUGUCUAUGCACCCCGCGCCAGACAUGCCGACGAGAAACAUGCACCACCGCCCAUAUCCCGCGCACCUCUCGCCUGGUUCUCACCGACAACGAAAAUCUCCGAGCAUGAACUCGUUGAGAAGAUUGGGCUAGAUGCAGUCGUCUUCCUCCGCUUCGUGCGGAUGCUGCGUAAUACAUUCAUCGUGCUCACAAUAUUCGGUUGUGGAAUCCUGAUCCCGGUAAACGUGCUGGGCGGACACGAUGUCUACAAGCAUUAUGGGAACGUAGCAACCCUGAUGAAGUUCACGCCUCAAUACAUAUUCGGAAGGAAAUUCUGGGCGUUUGUGGUGGUUGCAUAUCUGUUCCAGGGGACGGUGUGUGGCUUUGUGUGGUGGAAUUACGGGAAAGUGUGGAAAUUGAGACGGGCAUACUUCAACAGUCUUGACUAUAGGGCCAGUCUACACUCGAGAACUUUACUCCUCACCCAAAUCCCAAAAGACUCCCGAACAGACGCCGGCAUAGCCAACCUCGUGGAAUCCGCAAAGCCCACUCCUUCCGUCCCUCGAACAGCCAUAGCCCGCAAUGUUAAAGACAUCCCUAAACUGAUCGAGGAGCACGACCACGCGGUCCAGAAACUCGAAGUGGUUCUUGCUAAAUACCUCAAGAACCCUAACCAACUCCCUUUACAACGUCCCACGCGCAAGCCUGCGAAGAAGGACCGCAAAAACUAUGGAACGGAUAAGGUCGAUGCCAUUGAGUACCUGACCACCCGCAUCAGUUCCCUCGAGACCGCCAUCACCGAGAUCCGCGAAACCAUCGAUAAGCGUGAUCCCAUGCCCUAUGGCUUCGCUUCCUACACGCACAUUGAGGAUGCACAUGCCGUCGCAUACGCCUCUCGUAAGAAGGGACCUGGAAGCAGCAUCGUCCGGCUCGCCCCCAAACCGCACGACCUUCUCUGGCAGAACCUCCCCAUGACGCCCGCUUCGCGCCGUGCCCGCAAAUUCACGGACUCCAUCUGGAUGAUCGCUCUCACCCUCGUCUUCAUCGUGCCUAACGUUCUGACCUCCGUUUUCCUCUCCGACUUCUCCCACCUUGGGCUAUUCUGGAAAGGCUUCCAGUCCAACCUCGCCGCACAUCCAACCGGCUGGGGAAUCGCGCAGGGUAUCGCAGCACCCCUCGUGCAGACACUGCUCUACCUCGCCAUCCCCACCAUCUUCCGGCGACUCCAUACACACUCCGGCGACUACUCCAAAACCUCCCGCGAGCGCCACCGCAACCUCGGCGCCGCCACCGACCUCAUUCAAGCGUGGCCCCUCCUGUACGGCUCCCUGCGCCGGCGCUUCCUCGCGCCCACCCCGCGCGAGCUGAUCGCGCUGAGCGCGCCGCAGCCGUUCGAGUACGCCGACUACUACAACAACUUCCUCUUCGUCGCGACCGUCGGGCUGUGCUUCGGUGCGCUGCAGCCCCUGAUCCUGCCCAUCACGGCCUUCUACCUCGCCGCCGACGGCUGGUUCAAGACGUACCUGCUGCAGUACGUGCUGAUCACCAAGACCGAGUCCGGCGGCGCGUUUUGGCGCAUGCUGGUCAACCGUCUCCUCGUCGCCGUGCUGCUCGCCAACGCCGUCAUCGCCCUCGUCGUCGGCGCGCAGGGCAUCGGGAGUGUGCAGAGCGUGCGCGGCGGGGGGAUGCUGUAUGCUAUGAUCCCCCUACCGUUCCUGCUCGCCGCGUUCAAGUGGUACUGCAAGAGAUGCUUCGAUGUGCGGAUGCAGUUCUACACGACCCACUCGUUCGCGGAGCUCGAGGGCGCGGACGUCGAGGACGGCGCUGCGGCUCCUGGUGACAGCAGCGCCGAGAAGAAACGGAAACGGAGCGAUAGGGUUGGUGUGCGCUUCGGCCACCCGGCCCUCUACAGGCGCCUCAUGACGCCCAUGGUGCACGCGCGCUCGCGGCACUUGCUGAAGGAGCUGUACGCGCGCAGCGUCGAGAACGAGGACAGGUUCACGACGUCGCGCGUGGGUACCGGGCUCGGGUACUCCGACGUGUAUAUGGCGGAGAUGGAUCCAGAGCAACCCGGGGCUGAGACUGGUAACGCACCUGCUACGCUGCCGGAUGUCGAACUCGUUAAGGAAGAGGACCUUGAUUUUGAGAACUUUAAGCGUCGUGCUGAGUUCCGCGAGGAGCAUGGGGGCGAUGGGGAGCUCUAUGGCCGCCCGGACGACCUCAUUUCAAGACCUGGGACGCCGUCGACUAUGACGACGAUGACGGAUUUCGGUGGCCCGGCGCCUAGUGGGAGGUCGACGCGUGUUUCUAGUAUUACGCGUUUGGGGGAUAGUGAGGCGGGCGAGCCUGGAACGUCGUAUGGACAUGGCUAUCAGCGGCCAAGGGCUGUUUCCGUGGAUGUGACUAUUCCGGAUUCGAGGCUUGGGUUGGGUAGGGCGUAUGAGGAGGAUUCUGAAAGUUUUACGGCAGAGAGGCUUUUGGGUGGGGAAGAAGCGAUGGCGAGGGUGAGGACGGUGGAGAGCAGUGGGACUAGUUUCUUUGGGAGAGAGACGCCUGAGACGAGUUAUGAUGCUUUUAGGAGGUGA